CGGGAGAAAUUCGAAAGUGGAUUUUGUGCGAUGGGACAGGUGGUAUAAAUGCAUAAGUACUGAUUAUUUUCUGGAUCUAACUAGUUUAUAACUUCAGAAGAAAAAAUGGAAAACCAAGAAUUUAUUAAGUUAAAACAAGCCAGGCCUGGUGGCACAUGCCUAUAAACCCAGCUAUAGACAGAAUAAGGAUGGAAUGUGGAGAGCUGGGGAUGUUGCUCAGCAAUAAAGCUGGGUUCAGUGCCUGUAUUGGGGGAAAAAGAGAGAAAGGAAGACAGAAGUUAAAACAGAAACAAAAUACCUCUGAAUUCAUUAAAAGGUCCUAUAUACUCAUCAAAAGAUGAAGAAAUCAAAAGUGUGGCAAGAUGGAAUUCUGAAGAUCACUCACUUAGGAAACAAAGCAAUUUUAUAUGAUGACAAAGGAGUAUGUUUGGAAAAUCUAUUUCUUAAGUGUCUUGAGGUGAAACCUGGAGAUGACUUAGAAAGCGAACGAUACUUAAUCACAGUUGAGGAGGUUAAAGUUUCUGGAAGCAAAACUAUUAAACAGAAUAUCAUUAAAGAAGCACCACAGUCAGAUUCAAGGAAGUUCAUAUCCUCUGGCCGGUCUCUUGGAUGUCAGCCUGCUGGUUUAAAAAGAAAGUUUCCUGGUUUUAAAGCACCACGUCAGGUCCCAUCGAAAAUGAUUGUUACAGAAAAUGGUGAAUCAGCUGCAUCACUUGAGUCUAAGGAACCUGGCCAUACUUUCUCUUCUCCAUUCAACAGCAUACCUUCUUUGUUUUCUACUGUUGGCAAGAAAGAUAUAAGUACUAUACCAAGAGAUCUUGAAAAUAUUGUUACUUAUGAGAACAGAGAGAGAAAUAGCAUGCCUUUGUCUUCAGUUGUCUCUACUUCAUCCUUCAUGAUUAACCCAGAAAUGCUAGGGGAAAAAAAUUAUUUUUGUUCUCCUAUCAGUACUGGAAGUCAGCAUUCAGACUCUUCACUGAACAAUGAGCCCCUAAGAAGAGACAAUUUGGCAUCUCACUAUCUGAGAGUUUCACAAAAUAUUAGAAGUAAAGCCCAGAUAUUAGCUCUUUUGAAAUCUAAGUCAACUAAUAUGCAUAAGGACCUAAAUUCUGAGAUGACAAGACAUUUACCUCAGGUACAGCCACAAGGAAGUUUAAACAUUCCUGUGAACCCAAAGUGCUUAAUUCAACCGGAAGCAUGUGCUGAGAAGAAGAGCACAGAAAAUUUAUAUGACCAGCAUCAAUCAGAAAAUACCAUGAGAAAUAAAAGCCGGUGGGCCAUGUAUUUAUCCUCACAGAGUUCACCCGUACAUUCCUCUGCUAUAGGUGAGAGCGAUGUAAAAAGGGAACCUAAAUCUUGUGAGGGUGAUAUGAGUUUGAAUUUGAAAGACCUUUUGGUACAAAAAAGGAUGCAGGACUUUGAAACGUGUGAUGAAAAGGGAAAUGAAGUCCAGCUAGUAGAUGAUACCCAUCAAUCCUGGAAUCAGGAAGAAAAAGUAGAAAUACUUUCUUUCUGUGAAAGCAGCAGCUUACUGGGUAGUUGUAGCAGUGCAGACAAUGAUGGGUUAUUAUCAGAAUCUUACAUUCAAGGAAAUAAUAAAAUACCUGUUAAUCAAAGUGACAAGAUGUGCUUGGAAGGAUCAGUUUGCGUUGGAGAAAGUGCUCAGGUCGUAAAUACAGGUAAAACACAACAGGAGCAUAAUCAACCAAUGCCAUCUCUGCUGGAAUCAGAAUAUCUACAGAUUGAAUCUUCUAUAAGUAACAAUUCUAAGAUCUCUGAUGGCAUUGCAGAUGUGCUUUCUAAAAGUAGUAGUGAUAGUGAAAGUCUAAAUAAUGUUCAUGAAUCUAUAAGUAAUGUAACAGAACCAUUUUUAGAGAUAAAUUUUAAUCUGAGCAAUUUUGAGACCAGUGAUACAGAAGAGGAAUCACAGGAAAACAAAAUUUCCCAGGAUUCAGAGAGAUGGGUAAAGGAAAUUUUGUCUCACGAUGGCAAUUUAUGUGUUCAAAAGAAAAGUGAGGAUACAAGCUGUCAAGAAAUUGGCAGUGUAUGUUUGCCACUCUUAACAUCUAUUGAUAGCAAACCUACAGAGAUAUUUCCUAUUAAAGAGACUGUAUCACAGUUUUGUGAUAAAACUUGUGUGGGUUUUGACAUGGGGCCUUAUAAAGAUAGAAACACUGGAAAAGAAAUAGAGGAAGAAUAUAAUAACACAUUAAGCAAUUUUGACUCAUCUUUAGAAUGGAAUGAUGAUGUAUAUGUAUAUAAUAAAGAAGAUGCUAAUAAAUCUAUCAAAAAAAUUGGAAUUAACUAUGAUUUUGCUUCACUUUCAGAUAAGUCAAAAGGUAUAAACAUGAAUUUACAUUUUCCUCAAGUUUUAGACAUAGUCACUAAUCAGAGUCCUAAAAAUGGUGCCCUAUUCUCAGAAGAUGUUCAACCUCAGACUUUUAUUUUGGGAAGUGACUUAGACAAAAAUGAUGAGCAGAUUUUACUCCCAGUUUCUAGCAGUGAUGAAAGUAUCCAACUAUUAAAUACCAAUCAGGAUCACUGUGAACGUGUUACACUUGAUAGAUCAGAUAUCCAAGAUUCUAAUUAUUUGUUUUAUCCUCUGGGAAAAAAGCAUUCUAUUUUAAAAGACUAUGAAGUAUAUAUUCCUGAAUCUGAAGACUUGGGAAGAAUUAGAAAGUUACCCCAAGACCAUGUUGAAGUUGCAAUUGCCAGAAAAAGCAAACAAUCCUGGAAUAAUUCUAGAAAUUCUUCAGAACUUUCUGGUGUAAUAAAUAACAUUUCUCUUUUAAAGUCACUGUCUGAACACAGUACAGCUUUAGAAAGCUUGGAAACACUGAAAAACAAAAAUACUGGCUUUCAACAACAAAGAAUUCAGCAGACAUAUGAUCCAGAUUGCAGUCCUGAAGCUAGGAAACCAUUUGCUAUAGGAGUUUCACAAACAAUACCAAAGUCUCCUGAUCAGAAGCAGGAUUCUCAACAGAUAUUAAAAGAAGAUGAAGUUGAGCCAAGUGAACCAUUUCGGUCUCUGCAGCCUGUUGAGUUUCAAGGACACCAACUGAAAGGAUCAGCUACUAGUGGUGUAAUGGUCAGAGGACAGAGCUCACAGCUAGUAUACAGCCAGUUUCCAGAUAGCAUGGAAUAUCAAAACUUCAUGCCAGAUACUUGUUUUUUGACACCAGAGUUGCUUAGCACUUGUAUGCAGACUGACUUCUUGCAGGUGAAGUCACCAGAACAAAAGUUCUCUACAUUGAGUCCUGUUUCUACUUUUUCUUUGAACUCAAGAAAUGAAGAUGUUCUAGAAUUCUCUGAAGAGUCCCUGAAAGCAAGAACUUCACCUGGAAUGAAAAAAAUUAGUUCUCUGAAGAAUAAAAACCUUCAACGUCCCCCAUUAGUAAGUAGAGCUGGAGUUCCUUCUCCUGAACUGCCUAACUUAGAUUCUUAUUCAUUUGUGUUCAACUGUGACACAUCAGAGUCUUCUGGUUUCCCCACGUUCAACUUGCAGGAAGAGUCAGCAGUUUUUCCCUUUAGCUUUGGGUCUGAGGACCAAAGUGAAACUUUCUCUGAAGAAGCUAUGAAAAUGACUCCAGGGGAUGUUUCACUGCUCAAUACAAAAUCUCAAAGCAAGUGGCUAAAAUAUGAAAAUACAUCCCAAUGUAACUUGACUACUCCAAACAGAGUUGAUCUAGGAACAGAUGGCUUCUUCAAUGAGGCUAUUUCUGGGAUGCAUUUUAGUGACUCCUGUGAAGGGCAGAGUGAAGCUCUGAAUGAAAGUUCUUUAGACUCUGUGCAUUUGCAAAUGAUAAAAGGCAUGCUCUAUCAACAGCAGCAAGGUUUUAGCAGUCAAGAUUUGGUUUCCAGAAAGAAUGCACUUUCUUUGAGUUUAAAGCAGACUUCCAAAUCUGAGGAGGGUCAAAAUGUGUUAGGAAAGUCCACCUGCUACAACUACAGUGCACAGGAUUUACAGGAGAUAAACCGCUCGGAGCUAUGCUUCCCAAGUGGACAAAAAGUAAAAUGUGCUUAUCUUCCCAAAAGGCAGAUUCACAUACCAACUGUUUUUCAGUCUCCAGCUGAUUAUAAGCAAACCUUUACCUCUUGCAUCAUAGAACAUCUAAAUAUAUUGCUGUUUGAGUUGGCACAAAGAUUACACAAAGCUCUUUCAAAAGUUGACAUAUCGUUUUACACAUCAUUGAAAGGAGAGAAAAUGAAAACUGUAGAAAAUAAUUUGCCAUCCUGUCAUCAUGAUCAACCUGCAAAACUUGUCAUGGUUAAAAAGGAAGGUCCAAAUAAGGGUCGUCUCUUUUAUACAUGUGACAGACCCAAAGUGGAUCAAUGUAAAUUUUUCAAGUGGCUUGAGGAAGUAACUCCUGGAUGGUUAACACAGGAAGAGUCUCAACCCAGCAUGGUUUUAAAUGAUAUUAAGAGUAUUGCCUUGUAUUUAAGAAGUCAAAAGAUACCACUCUAUGAGGAAUGCCAUCUUUUGGUGAGGAAAGGAUUUGACUUUCAGAGAAAACAGUACGGCAAACUAAAAAAGUUUACUGCUGUAAAUCCUGAAUUUUAUAGUGAAAAGAAAAGCAAACUUUAUCUUAAAUUGAGUCGGAAAGAAAGUUCUUCGGUUUAUAGCAAAGAUGAUCUUUGGGUGAUUUCAAAAACCCUAGACUUUGAACUGGAUACUUUUAUUGCAUGCAGUGCUUUCUUUGGACCAUCAUCUCUCAAUGAGGUGGAGCUACUGCCCUUGAAAGGUUAUUUCCCUUCUAAUUGGCCUACUAACACAGUGGUCCAUGCAUUAUUAGUUUGUAAUGCCAGCACAGAGCUGACGACUUUGAAAAAUAUUCAAGACUACUUUAAUCCAGCUGCUUUACCUCUAAUGCCAUAUUUGUUAACAAUGUCUCCGUCAACUACAGUUAGCAACAAGAGAGAAAAUAAGAGAAAAUUUAUCCCACCAGCCUUUGCAAAUAUCAGUACAAAAUUUGAACUACUUAGCCUGGGAGAAACAUUGCAGUUAGCUAGUGAGUUAAUUCAGACACACAAGUUAAACAAGGACCAAGCUACAGCUCUAAUUCAGAUAGCUCAAAUGAUGGCAUCCCGUGAAAGUGUUGAAGAAGGGAAGGAACUGCACACCCAUACCCUCCCUAUCACAGUCAUACAUGGUGUUUUUGGAGCAGGGAAGAGUUAUUUGCUGGCAGUGGUGAUUUUGUUCUUUGUACAACUAUUUGAAAAGACUGAAGCUCUUACAGUUGCAAAUACAAGGCCAUGGAAACUUCUGAUUUCUUCUUCCACUAAUGUAGCUGUUGACAGAGUACUUCUUGGCCUUCUCAGCCUUGGAUUUGAAAAGUUUAUCAGAGUUGGGAGUGUAAGAAAGAUUGCCAAACCAAUUUUACCUUAUAGCUUGCAUGCUGGUUCAGAAAAUGAAAAUGAACAGUUAAAAGAACUACAUGCACUAAUGAAAGAAGAUCUGACCCCUGUGGAAAGAGUCUAUGUAAGAAAAAGUAUUGAGCAGCAUAAACUGGGGACCAACAAAACCCUGCUGAAGCAGGUUCGAGUAGUUGGAGUUACCUGUGCAGCCUGCCCAUUCCCAUGCAUGAAUGACCUUCAGUUCCCUGUGGUUGUGCUGGAUGAGUGUAGUCAAAUAACAGAACCAGCCGCUCUCCUUCCCAUUGCAAGGUUUAAAUGUGAAAAGCUGAUUCUUGUUGGAGACCCCAAACAGCUGCCUCCUACUAUUCAAGGUUCUGAUGCAGUUCAUGAAAAUGGAUUGGAACAAACUCUUUUUGAUCGACUUUGUAUAAUGGGUCACAAGCCAAUUCUGUUGAGAACCCAGUAUCGUUGUCAUCCUGCAAUCAGUGCUAUUGCCAAUGAUCUAUUUUAUGAAGGAAACCUCUUGAAUGGUAUUUCAGAGACAGAGAGGAGCCCUUUAUUAGAGUGGCUACCCACCCUGUGUUUCUAUAAUGUUAAAGGACUGGAACAGAUUGAAAGAGAUAACAGCUUUCAUAAUGUGGCAGAAGCUGCUUUUACUCUCAAGUUGAUUCAAUCAUUGAUAGCAAGUGGAAUCGCCAGCCCUAUGAUUGGAGUGAUAACAUUAUACAAAUCCCAGAUGUAUAAGCUCUGUCAUUUACUCAGUGCUGUGGACUUUGACCAUCCUAAUAUUAAAAGUGUGCAGGUGUCCACAGUAGAUGCUUUUCAGGGUGCUGAAAAGGAGAUCAUUAUUCUUUCCUGUGUAAGGACAAGACAAGUAGGAUUCAUUGAUUCAGAAAAACGAAUGAAUGUUGCAUUGACCAGAGGAAAGAGGCAUUUGUUGAUUGUGGGAAAUUUAGCCUGUUUGAGAAAAAACCGACUAUGGGGGCGUGUGAUCCAACAUUGUGAAGGAAGUGAAAAUGGAUUGCAACAUGCAAGCCAGUAUGAACCCCACCUGAACCAGCUCCUUAAAGAUUAUUUUGAAAAACAAGCAGAAGAAAAACGGAGGAAAAAGACUGAAAAAGAAAAAUCUAAAGAUAAAUCUCAUUCACAAAAAGACAUAAUUUAGGAAUUUUGUAUUAAUGUAAAUUGAUUCAUUUUCAAAAGUCUUGUAGGAAAAAAUCUCUAUAAUAUCUUAAAAACAUGCUAAGUAAAUACAUCUAAAAAUUUACUCUGCAAAAAAGAACAUGCAUUACUUAUACUCAAAUAAAUGUUUUGUUUGCAAAAGAAAUAAAUUUUGACAGGGCAUAGUGUUACAUGCCUGUAAUUCCAGGGUCUUGGGAGGUUGAGGCAGGAGGAUCACAAGUUCAAAGCCAGCCUCAGCAAUUUAUUGAUGCCCCAAGCAACUUAGCAAGACCCUGUCUUAAAAAUAAAAUAUAAAAAGAACUAAGACUGUAGCUCAAUAGUUAAGCACCCUGGCUUCAAUCCCUGGUACUAAAAACAAACAAAAAAAGGAAUUUUGCAAGGGGUAGUAAGAAGCCUUCCUGGGGAGUGCCAACACACUUCAGAAAUACGUGAAUAUUUCAGAAGUUCAUCUGUUGGACGCAUCUGUACAAAUACACCAACACACCCUUUUCUGAACUAUUAUUGUAUCCUCAUCUUUUAGAAAUACAACAUCCAUCAUUUUAAAAGCAAAGACAUUCACAAUUACACUUUUAAUAAGUACAAAAGAGAAGAAAGAAAAACACCAAAAGUUCACAGUUGGAGAUGUGAACCAGGUAGCCAGUGCCCAGCACCAUACCUGGUUGAGUAGCUGCUUAAUAGGUAUCCAUUAGAUGAAUGAAUGAAUGAUGAAAGACUGCCUUUGACUCACUUCCUUCUGGUCUUUCCCCUCUACAUUUACUUGCACAGUAGUUAUUGGUGUAUAUAAUAUAUAUGGAUUAAAAUUUUUUAUUAUAAAAAUAACAUUCUCCUUAUAUAAAAUUCACAAAAUACAGAAGAGUAUUCAAGGGGGAACAAAAUUACUUAGAAUUUCACUAAUCCACUAUUCAGAGAUAAUGAUUAACAUAAUGCUUCAGUCUUUCUAUAUUUAUAUUCUCUUCAUAUAUCUGUAUAUAUACAUGUAUAUACAUAUAUGUAGUUUUAAGCCCCUUAAGUUCAUACUGUUUAUUUUUAUUUUUUUGGUACUGGGGAUUGAACUCUGGGGCACUCGAUCACUGAGCCACAACCCCAGCCCUAUUUUGUAUUUUUAUUUAGAGACAGGUUCUCACUGAGUUGCUCAGUGCCUCACAGUUGCUGAGGUUGGCUUUGAACUCGUGUUCCUCCUGCCUCAGCCUCCUGAGCUGCUUGGAUUAUAGGCAUGUGCCACCUGUGCCUGGUUUCAUACUGAUUUUUAGACAACAUUAACAAAGGAACAUUUAUAUACCCUAGGUGGAAAAAAAAAGGAAAGUUCUUGAUUAUAGUUAAAAUCAAGUAUUUGUCUUUACCAAUUAAAAAAAAAAAACUCAGUGACCUAAGCCAUUCAGUAUUAAUUUUAAAGAUGCAGAAAAUUGCUUCCUUGAGUUACUUUACAAUAAAAAAUUACCUUUUUAUUUCCAGGGAACUCUUAUGGUAGGGAGAAAAAUUAAUUCAACAAACAAAACUUGUGGUUUGGUAAUUCUCUAAACCUUGUGUCAAAUGUGUUGCUGAGCACAGUGAAGUCAAAGAUGUAAUUCUCAGCAAGUUCUUCCAGUGGGUAAGGAAUAGGUGAAAGAAGUAUCAGAGCCAUGGUUUCCCUUUGAGCUGUACAAUAAUGGAUAUUGAAACUGGAUUCCCAAGCUUUGCUGCCCAAACUUCUCCUGUUCUUUAUUUCUUAAUUUUGAGUCUCUUCUUGGCCAGCUCGAGUGAGGUGUCAAGGUAUUGUUUUCCCAACAAGAUUGUGUAGAUGAUAUAUUGUUUUGAGCCUUUGUACAUCUGAGGAUGAAUUUCUGUUACAUAUACUUAAGGGAACUGUCUUAACACUGAGAAUAUCUUUGGCCUCAUUUUCUGUUCAUUUGGAGGAGAGUUGAAUUUGCAUCUGUAGCUGUACAGCUGUUUGCACAGCUUAUCUAGAACUGCUCAAAGACCAAUAAGAUUUUUCACCCUUGUGCUGUUCUUCCUUCUCCUCUGCCUCUUGUUUUGUCAAUUUUCCAGAAAUUGCAGUUUGUACAACAUUUUAGGAACAAUUUAGGUCUUGAUGGUAUAGAGCUGGAUUUCUCAACUUUGGCACUUUUGACAUUUUGGGCCAGAUGAUUCUUGUAGACAUCUGUCCUGUGCCUCACAAGUUGUUUAGCAGCAUCCCCAGCUUCUGCCCUCAAGCUGUCAGUAGCUCCUUACAUCCAAGUUGUGACAAUGAAAAAAAUGUCUUCAGACAUUGCCAAAUAUCCUGGUGUAGAGCCGAUGGGCCCAGCAUUCCAGCUGUCUCAAGAAGCAGCAACUGGGCAGGCACAGCAGUGCAUGACUGCAAUCCUAUCCACUCUGGAAGUGAAAGCAGAAGGAUCACAAGUUUGAGGCCAGCCUGGGCAACUUAGCAAGACCCUACCUCAAAAUAAAAAGGUUGUGGGAGUGGAGGUUGUAGCUUAGGAGUAAAGCACCUCAGUUCAAGCCCCAGUACUGGAAUGGAGGGAGGCAAAAGCAACUGCACUUAAAAGUAUGGCUGCCUCCAUGUUUUAGUUGGUAUAAACUUUUUUUUUUUUUAAUCCACACAACAAUUAAAAAAGAAGAACAAGGGAUAUUUUGAUUUGUUUCAUUUUUUAAAUUUUUAGAUAAGCAUGUACCUGCUUUGUUUCUGAUGGCAUUGUACAAGUAGUCCACCAAUUGUUUUCAAUUCAUCCUCCAGGCAAUUCAUGAUUAUUUCUCUCAACUUGUAACAAUAGAUCAGCUAUAAAGGUCAAAUAUAUUUAUCUUAUGUGUCUUCAUUUUUUUUAAUAUGAAAUCUUUUUUUUUUUUUCUUCAAUAUUGGGUAUUGAACCUAUGGUCUUACACAUGGUAGGCAAGUGAUCUACCACUGAAUUACAUUCUCAAUCUUGUUUUAAAAAAUUUAUUUUGAGUCUGGUCUCACUAAGUUGGCCCAAGUUGGUCUUGAACUCAUGAUCCUCCUGACUCAGCCUCCCAAGUAGCUGGGAUCACAGAUGUUCACCAUCAUGCCUAGCUUUCUGAAACCUUUUAAAAUGGGAACACAUUGAAAUCUUUAAAAGAAUAUCCCACUUAACAAUAUUCUUGUUUAUAACAUAAGAAGUUAAUACAAAUAUGUUGUAGUAGAUGGCCAAGAAAUUGAUAAUAUACUGUAAUUUGUGCUAAUGGGUUUUAUCUUUUGACUACAUAUCUGUUUUUUCCUUUUUUCUAUUUUGUAGUAUAAUUACAACAAGUCUUUCAGAAUUGCUUCUGGCCUAAACCUUUUCAUUCUUUCUAGUCCACUUACAUAGUCACUAUAACAAGCCCUCUUUUGGACUAGACACUUUAGAAGGAAAAAAGAAGUAAUGGUGAUAUGGGGGUGGGAAUGAGGGAAAAGAUGAAAAUGGCUUAGUUCCUGUUCCUUUGCCUCCCCCAUUCCCUUACCUCAUGGUAGAGAUUUGUUCUUCAGGCUUCCUUACUCUCUAGGUAGACUUGUCUUAUACUGGAUAUGGUAUUGGUGGUUUCAGUUUUCCUCUCUUCCAUCCUGCAGGGAGACUAGUAGAAUUCGGUUACAGAAUGUUACCCCAAGGUGUAAUGUCUACUGCAGCAGGCCUUGCUUUAUACCUAGUGAUCAAAUCGUGCAAUGGGAUGUUGUCUCAUUCCCUGUCUAUCAGAACCUAAGCUUUCACUCAUUCCUUUUCCCCAGGACUAUUACAAUAGAAAUGAGGUAAGGGUGCUCAUUUCUUCAAACACCCAGUAAGAAGCAGAGGAUCUAUUGGCUCAUCUACUUUAUUACUCUUAGAGAUUAAUAAAUCAAAACAUUCUUCUGACUGGGUAGUGUUGACUAUUCCUGAGUUGUCUUUGGUUUAUCAUGUAUUUUGAGUGAAAAUGUACUUAUCUGAGCCCUGAAUAUUAUUAUUUAUAUUUUUCAAGAAGAAAAAGACCUUAGUAUUUGACAUAGAAAAAUCCACCCCCAAUCCAGGCUAACACAUUCCUUAUGUCUUUUGCCCGAAAUUCCAAGGUUGGAUAUACACAAAUUGAACUUUAAGGGGUAUCCCUUUCAAUGAACAAUCAAAACAUUAAAGUCUCUAGUGAUUUACAAUAUAUUGAAAAUAAUAAGUCAGUUUUACAAUAAUAGCCAUUAAAUAGCUAUAAAUAAAAUCUUGAAACCCUACCAUCUUGUGUUCAAUAAACAAUAGGAUUAUAUAAGAAUGUUCUGAAGCUGUUAUUUAUAGAAAAAGUAUUAGUUUAUGCAUCACAUAGCAAAACUGAAAUUUCUAGGCUUUGUUUUAAUCUAUUCAUCUUCAAUUGCCUUUAUAUGGUAUAUAUUUUGGGUUUGUUUUUUUCCAAACCACCAAGUAUUUCCUGCAAUUCAUAAUGAUUAAAAAAAAAAUCAGAGAAAUUAAAGUGAUCCAUUUAAUCUUCCACAACUAGUAUGAGGCAAGGCUGGAACCCAGGCUAAUCCAACUUGGAGGUGAAGCUACAACUCACCACCUGCAUUUAUCAAAGGGUGAUAGACAUGGCACCAAAAAUCUGACAAUCCUCUUUGACCCAAUCAAACUCAUGUUCUGAUACUUUACCUUGGUUAAUUUAGGAUUUAAUGAUUGAGUAACAAUUUGUUUGAACAAUCCAUAUGACAAAUAUUAAAGAAUAAGCUCUUUGAACAUCUACAUUUGCUACUGGAUCUGGUAUGCUACUUAAUGCAAGAAAAGUUAUUUUUAAAAUUUUAUUUUUACUUAUAUUAUUAAUUUUAUUUUUUAUUUUACAGUGCUAGGGACAUCUAUUUCAAAAUUGGAGUUGUCUUUGAAAAAUAAUAAAAUCUGAGAUUAGCUCAGCUUAAAACUUCAAAAUAAAACAUAAUUAUUGCUCUUUUAUAUUUGGACAAAAAAGAAUAUUUAAUUUGGAGUUACCAAGGCAAACCCCAAGUGCUUCAUGUUCUUGACUAUGGCUUAGUUUAAAGACAGCUGUGAAAUAGCUUUAUACUAAUAAGAUUUUUUAUAUUAAAUAAGAAUGAACUGGAAAUUGGUGAUUUACUUGGCAGAUAUUGGACUUGAAAAUGAAAUAAUUGUUCUAAAAACAUUAGAUCAACACUGAUUUGAAAUGCCUGCUUUGUAAUUACUCGUGAGUGAAAUCUAUAUUUAGUUUGAGUUGUGUUUUUGGUUUACAUUAGCAUGAGUUGAUUAUAAAGUAGAGGAAAAAUAUAGACCAAAUACUUCUGC